AAAAAAAACAACAAAGCAAAAUGGCAAACAAUAAAAUUAUUUUCGGUGUCUUGUGUUUGGUGACUCUGAGCGCCGCACUGCCCGCUGAGGAGACACGCGGACAUGCGCGCAACGCCAUCGGCGGCGAGAACGAUAUUAUGGAUAGCAUCUACAGCGAUUGCCUGCGCAAGGAUUCUGUGUCGUGCGUCAAGUACAAGCUCUUCAACUUUGUGGACAAGGUGCUCGGCGCCCGCGAUCAGUUCGCUCUCACCGAGGGUGUGACUGUGGUGCGCUCUUCGGAUGCGCCCGCUCCCGAGGCCGCUCGCUCCAUCUCUGGCGAUGAGUCGUUCGAGUCGCUGGCCCUCAACCGCAUCAGCAGCUUCCUGAACUCCCACACCAUCAAGGUUGAACUGAAGGGCGCCGAUAUCGUGCAGGCCGUCAGCUCCACUGGCCGCGCUCUUGAGGAUGCCUCCGAGUCUCUGUUCGGCAGCAACGAUCCCAACGCCCCCGAGGAGAGCCGUGGCAAGAAGAAGAAGGCCGCCAAGAUCUUGGGCCCCAUUCUGGCUCUGGUUGCCCUGAAGGCCGCCGCUCUGCUGCCCCUGCUCUUGGGCGCCAUCGCUCUGAUUGCCGGCAAGGCUCUGCUCAUUGGUAAGAUCGCUCUGGUGCUGUCGGCCGUCAUUGGCCUGAAGAAGCUGCUGUCCCAGGAGAAGCAUGUCACCUACGAGGUCGUCGCCCACCCACACCACAGCAGCAGCCACUCGACCAGCCACGACUCUUAUGGCAGCGGCUACAGCGCCGAUGCGGGUGCAUCUUCCGCUUCGUACGGCAGCAGCGGCCAUGGCGGCUGGGGACGCUCCAUCGAUGCUCAGGAUCUGGCCUAUGGUGCCCAGAAGCCUCAGGCCUAAGUCAAUGAACCACAACAACAACAACCACACAACAACAAGAACAAGAACAACAACCACUGACUUGAGCCGCAAUGCUCACCCACACAGACUCUUGAAGAGG